AUGUCUCUAAACAGCACGUUUCCACUCGCUUCCACAUUCAACUCUACAAGUUGUCAUCCUCUCCUGUUAAACAUGUCCAUAACAAAUCCUAUGAUAUUUCGUGAGGAAUUUUCACAGUCUUCACUUCAGUAUGGAUUGUGUCCGGAAACUUAUAUUGCCCUAUCGAUUGCAUCCUUUGUCCUUUUCGUUUAUUUAGUCACGACAUGUAUUGCCAUGAUUGGAUUAGUUUGGCAGAGGAAGAAAACUCACAUUCAAGCCAGAAGUUUACCUCUAAUUAUUGCCAAUACGGUGGCCAACUUGACACUGGUUCUGUUGGUGGCUCUGAGAGUGAUUGUGAGUAAGAAAUAUUAUCCAUGUUUCUUACUUUCAUUGACUUUCAUGUUGUAUCCACCAUUGUUGACCUUGCCAUCGAUAUUGAGAGGAUCACGGCAUUACUUUUUAUUUAGACUAAACUUGAUGAAGAAGAAGGUUUUUGGAACGAGUGUUGAUGAAUUGUCAGAGUUGCAAUCUAUUUCUUCGAUGAGUGUUUCUGGAAAGUUGGAACAUAGGAGGUCAAAUUCUAGCUCAUCACUUGGUCAACUCUUUUCCAGAACUAAUAGUUUUAGUACAACAACAUCUGGGCCAACAAGUAGUACAACAGCUGGUCAAGAUAAUAACAAUGCUUCAUCACAAGAAUUUCUUCAAAUUGAUGAAAAACAAACUAAUUUGGAAGAUAUCUUAUCGAGAAGGGAUCAAUUAUUGAUGAGAUUUUAUGAAUUUAUGGCCAGUUACAAGUUUUUCAUCACUGUGUAUGUGGUAUCAUUUCUAAUACAUCUUGGAUUAUGGGCAAUUGUUGGUGGAAUUGAGAUUGGAGUUUACAAUUCAAGUGGUUCUUGGGUUUUUGUGGAAAGUGGAUUCUUUGAAGCAUCACAUGGUUGCAAUAUUACUCCAAAGAUUCUAAUUGUUUUGGGAAUUCAAGCAGCUUUCUAUUUGGUUUGGAUGUUUGUUAUUAAUAUUUUGUGUAUUCUUUCAGAUAGAGAUACAUUUAACAUCAAAUUGGAAGAAUUGAUUUUGACUGUGAUUUUAAUAGUAGCUUUGAUUUUGUACACGAUUUUUGGUUCAAUUCCUGUAAUCACAACUCUGGUUGAUUAUUUUGUACCUUACGUUUUGAUAUUUGUUGUUUAUUCAUUGUUGGAAACAAUUAUUGGAGUCAUUCUUCCAGUUUAUUACUCAAUUAGAGAUACAAUGAAUGAAACAAAUCAUGAUUCGGAUAAAUCCGCCAGUCAUAUGGUCAAAGCUCUUCUCAAGGAAAAGAAAUCUCUUGAUAAGAUUUCAGAUUUUGCUAGACGAAGCUAUUGUUUGGAAGAUGUAUUGGCCUGGAAAGAAAUUCAAAACUAUAAGAAAAUGAAAAAACGAAAGCAAGCUGCUCUGGACUUUAUCAAAACCUAUUUACUUCCUGGAGCUCCUCUCGAGUUGAAUAUUCCAAAGAGUGCCGCAACAUUGGCAAAUUUGAGGGAACAAAUGGAUAGCUCCACUGAUGAACCUCCUGUUAAUUUGUUUGAUGUUGUGGAACAUCAAUGUUUAUUUAACAUGACUGAUUUGUUAAAUAGAUUGGUGGUUAAGGAUGAAUAUAUUGCUCAAAAGAUUGCUGAGUGUACUGGUAAUAAGUAG